AUGAUGCUUCCGAGCCCGGUAACAUCAACGCCGUUUUCUGUGAAGGAUAUACUGAAACUGGAGCAGCAGUCUCACCUUCAAUCCUUGCAUCCAGCGCAAUACCACGCACAACUGCAUCCGGAACCGCACGAGAGAUUUCAGGCACCAUCAUCCAGUUUCCUCGGAGGUGGAGACAGUCCCGGCUUCUCGGACAGCGAAGACAAGAUGUCUUAUCUGAACUCAUUCUCCAUGCCGGAGAGCUUAGUGGAGAGCAGCCUUUCACCUCCUAUGUUCGUCCAUCCGGCACUGGGACACGUCGAGACCAAACUUGAAGAUGAACUUGAGGACCACGAAACGAAGAGCUGUGGUGCCAUCAUAAGAUCCCCGGACUGCGAGGGUGAUGCGCACUCGGACACGGAGCGAGCGCAGCGGCAGAGGACGCGACGCAAGCCGCGGGUUCUCUUCAGCCAGGCGCAGGUCUUCGAGCUGGAGAGGCGCUUUAAGCAGCAGCGCUAUUUGUCGGCACCAGAGAGAGAACAUUUGGCUAGUUCCCUGAAACUGACCUCGACGCAGGUCAAAAUUUGGUUUCAAAACCGUAGAUAUAAAUGCAAGCGACAGCGUCAAGACAAAACACUGGAAAUGGCAGGACACCACCAUCCGCCGCCACCCAGGAGGGUGGCUGUGCCCGUCCUCGUCCGGGAUGGCAAACCGUGUUUGACGGGAUCACAGAGUUACAACGCCACGUACGCUGUGAACCCUGCUCCAUACAGUUAUAAUGGCUAUUCAUCUUAUAAUAAUGCCGCGUAUACAACCCCUUACAGCUGUACAUAUCCCAGCCUUCCGCCACUUCCAACAAACACGUCUACCAAUGCAUUGAUGAGCAUGAGUCUGAACAACCUCGGAACAUAUUCCCAACCUCAGACCUCACAAGGGACGCCCGUGUCAGCUUGUCAAGGGACCUUGCAGGGUAUUCGUGCGUGGUAGAGACUUUACAACCAUUCCCUCUGUACAUAAAUGACAGCUUGGCAAUAUUAACAGACAGUUACCAGUGUUUAUAGGCCUAUAACUUUUAUCCAACAAAAUACGCAGGGAUGCGCCGUAUACCGUUUCAGUAUAAACCUCUUUGAAUUUCUUUUAGGAACACGUACAAGAUGGCUGAACGAAUGAAGAAAGCUGCAGAUGAUCAAAUUUUGAAGGCCAGUUUACAGCACAAUUAUCUUACGAUUAUGCUGAAUAACAGUUUUAUAUACUGUCCUUGCAACGUGUGUUAGGCCACAUUUUUGGACAUGAAUUUUAAUGUGGAUCUAACUUUUAACUGGCAUUAUGGCAUACAUUUGCUUUAUCCGUUAUUGCACUUGG